AUCCUCAAAAAAUUCACAAUCUUUCAUACAAUCAUAAUUUCAUAAUCAAGGUGAUCACCAAGAUUUACCAACAUUUAAUGAAAUCUCUCUAAACAUUCACAAUAUAUAACUUCAUCCACCCCUUCAUUUUUUUUUCCUCCUCUUCAACUAAACGAACACAAAAAAGACUAAAAAAGAAGAUGAGGUUUCUCUUUGAAUGUGUAACUUGUUGCACCAUGAUAAACCCUUCUUCUUCUUCUAAUGAUGAAGAGGAGCCUACGUCUCCUCCGACCCCGAAGACGGAGGAGACACGCUCCCUUGUUAACCGACGUCGUAAACGAGCUCCCACUAGGGGCUCCUCGGCGGAUUGGAAGCCCUCGCUUUUUGCAAUAUCGGAGGAUAACGCUGUCUCGGUGACUCUGCAGAAGCCGGUUAGCCGGAAACCGGCGUCUCCGAGGAAUGUCAAGCGGUGUGGUUCGUCCUCGGUCGAGGUCAAUGCUCGUUCUCGCUCCCAUGAUAAUUUUGGCCGAGAACCUCUUCCGAUGGUCUUCUCAGCUUUUUCUGCAGCUCCUUUCAUGUUUUGAUCAUAAUUAUCCGCUUUGUAUCUUAAUCACACCUUGUGAGAUCUGUAAUUAAGUGAAUUUGGUGGAUGAAUAGCAGCGCUACUGUUCUCCUUCCAUUUGUGAAUAUGUCAAGCAGUUUUCUUUGCUUAUUUGAGGAAAGUUAUCCCACGCAAUGUUGAAAACUAUAUAUUCAUCAAUGUAUAUGCCAUAUAACCGGUUAUAUCUUAUAAGGUACAAUCGGCUGCUCAAUAUGCUCAUAUUCACAAAUGGACAAUUUGAUUUUGCUCUUACUAGCCAUUGUUGGACAAUUUGCUCAUUCAGCGCAAGUUCAAAAUUAAAAGAUGAGCAUAAAUGUAUAAUAUUGUAUAAGGCAAGAGGAGUAAUAUUAAUACCAAAGUGAAAGUUUUAGAUGCA